GCUUACGCAGCUGCAAUAAACAAUAAGCUUAAAGUUUUGUUGUGUACUUGACAUUAAAUAUAAUAGGAAUUGUUGACCACUCGAAUUGCAAUUGCAUACACUUGAAAUUAUUGCACACGCGAAAAUAUGUAUGCAUAUAUUCAUACUGUAUGUAGGUGCUUGUGUGUGUUUAUAUAUUAAAGUGAACAAUUAUAAAAUAAAAGUGACACAAAUGAUUGGAUGUGGAAGCAAAGUGGAAGCAAAGUGGAAGCAAACAAAUUAAAUGCAAAUGGAAAGAGGAAGAGUAAGAGUUUAGAGGAAAUCAAAAGUUUAGAUCGUUAUUCGGUUACAAAUGCGCUUGUGAAUGGAAUUUGUGGAUACGGAUUGAUUCAGCAUGAACAACAAUAUCAAUUGAAUCACAGUCACUAUCACAAGUCAAGGUAUGGAAAUUCCAAUUUAAGUCGACUCAACUUAAGCACAAGUGUGGACAACGAAAGGACAUUCAAGUUGGGAAAUUUGGGACAUUUUUGUAGCCAUGCUAGGGUAUUAAAUAAAGACUACCCAAGUGAAAAUCGAGUCUAUGGAAAUAGAAGAAGUUCGGAUUCCCCUUUGAAAUGUUGCGGAAGAUCCUUAGACAGUCAGAUUAGGACAAGAUCGCGAUCGAUAAGAAACUGCAUUUGGCCAGAAGUUCGGUUAUCUAGUAACUUAUUUAGCCUAACAACUCUAUCUAUAGACUUUCGACAAAGAUCGCUGGAAAUCAAGGGAUCAGAAGAAUUGAGAUACGGAGGGAAUGGAAGAUUCGAACGGCAAAACUCAUUUUUAAAUUCACCCCAAUUAACUACAGAAACCGAAUUCGAAUUCAAAUGCGAAACUGAAUCUGAUCAUGUGCUCGAAUCCGAUAUAUGUGACGAAAUACAUAAUGAUAGUACUAGUCUAGAUAACGAUAACGAUAGCCUCACUCACUUCGAAUACCAACCAACAAGGAUAUCUCGUCAUCGAUUAGAACGCCAAAGCCGAUUAUCCUCCAUUGAUUCCAAGACAUCGAUAUCGACAUCGACCACGUACAGCGAUCGUGAUUGUUAUGGUACUGCAUUUGAGAUAUUGGAAGACAUACCAACGUAUUUAACACCCAACUGUACCAGCGAAUUUGAAAGCCACCUAGAAUCAAAGAAUCACAAGAAAAAAGCCUCAAAUUCGGAACCUGUGUCGGUAUCGGAAUCAGUCCAUUCAGUGAUGUCAUUGUCAUAUAGUUCGCCACAGUUAAAGAAGAAUCUGGGCCUGAAUCUAACGUCCACCACCACCAAAUUCUGUUCCUCUAUGAUUAAUACGGCUGAAGGAAGCCAAAUCAUACCGUAUGCUCAAUACAAUGCGGAACUAAAGUCAACCAAUAAGGAACCUGAAACUGAAACUCCUCGAAAACUCAAUAAAAAGCACAUCCCAACAUCAUCGUCAUCAUCAUCAUCAUCAUCAUCAUCACAUCUUAAUAAUAACAACAACAAUAGUAAGAACAAGACUUGCAAGUAUAACCAACCAGACCUUCAGCUAAACAACAAUAUAUUUGGCAACGAUAUGGUUGGCACCCAACAGAAACCAAGUCAUGUGCAGUUAUCAUCAGGAGGCACAGGAGCAAGUGUCUACUCCGGAGUCGGCAUCGGAGACUUGGAAUCGGUUCCGAUUGAAAUGAAAAUCAAUAAGGCAGCUGCAUCACCUGCCCUCCUCACAAUGGCCUCAAUGCCUCAAGCCUCAGGACCAGGAAACGGAACUGGAACUGUACAAGCGCAAGCUCCAAGCGAAAGUGGAUGCGGUAUUGGAGCUGGAGCUGCAAAUCCAAAUAAUUUAACCCAGCAUGCAUGUUCAACGAUUCCAUAUUUUAGCAGUAAUUAUGGAACGACGACAACUCUGUUUCACGACCGCAAAGAUCGUAGAUUGGAGAUCUCCAACUACACGGCAGAUUCAACUACAGACGGAUGUGGUGUCUCAAUAUCAGUUCAAGGCAGCUCACUUUCGAACUUAACAACUGUCACACCUGUCACGAAAUUGGAGCAUUCGCCCUUGGAGCAUUCGCCUAUUAAGGAUUCAUCUUUAAAUGCUGCUGCUGUGGAGUCACUGUCACUGGCCUUGAUAUCGUCCCAACAACAUCAGCAACAUCACAAUCAGAAAUCACAGUCGAUAAUAGCCAGCGAUCAAUACUCAUUUCAUGAACAAAUUAUCAUGUCUGGUCAACAGAAAAGUGCCCUACAAGAUAAGCCAAAGGCAUUGGUUGUAUCUCCGCAACAAGUCAUGAUACUUUAUAUGCAUAAAUUGACGCCAUACGAACGAAGUGAGAUCUUGGCAUAUCCGCAAAUUUAUUUUAUUGGUGCCAAUGCAAAGAAACGUCCAGGGAUCUAUGGACCCAACAACUCGGACUAUGAUAAUGAACAGGGUGCAUAUAUACACAUACCACAUGAUCAUGUUGCCUAUCGCUAUGAAAUGCUGAAAAUAAUUGGUAAAGGCAGCUUUGGCCAAGUGAUCAAGGCCUAUGAUCAUAAGACUCAUGAACAUGUCGCUCUCAAAAUUGUGCGAAACGAGAAGCGUUUUCAUCGUCAGGCACAGGAGGAAAUUCGAAUAUUGCAUCAUUUGAGAAGACAUGAUAAAUACAAUACCAUGAAUAUCAUACAUAUGUAUGACUAUUUCACCUUUCGAAAUCACACGUGCAUUACAUUUGAACUUUUGAGCAUCAAUUUAUAUGAGCUGAUCAAGAAGAACGGCUUCAAGGGUUUCAGUCUACAAUUGGUGCGGAAAUUUGCUCAUUCGCUGCUUCAAUGCUUGGAUGCGCUCUAUAAGAAUGAGAUUAUUCAUUGUGAUAUGAAGCCGGAAAAUGUGUUAUUAAAACAGCAAGGUCGAUCAGGCAUUAAGGUUAUUGACUUUGGAUCCUCUUGCUUCGAAAGUGAGCGUGUCUAUACAUAUAUACAAUCAAGGUUUUACCGGGCCCCCGAGGUUAUUCUGGGAGCUAAGUAUGGGAGGGCCAUUGACAUGUGGUCACUGGGAUGCAUUCUCGCUGAACUGUUGUCGGGUCACGCAUUGUUUCCCGGCGAGAAUGAGAGCGAUCAAUUGGCCUGCAUAAUCGAAGUUCUUGGAAUGCCAUCGAAAGCUCUAUUGGCCAACUCAAAGCGGGCUAAGACCUUCUUCAGUCCCAAAGGUUAUCCGCGUUAUUGUACUGUCCGCACAAUGUCCGAUGGCAUGGUCGUCCUUAUUGGCGGUCAGUCACGCCGAGGCAAACCACGUGGCCCACCAUGCUCAAAGAGCCUCUCCAAGGCACUGGACGGCUGCAAGGAUCCCUUGUUUCUCAACUUCAUACGUGGCUGUCUCGAAUGGGAUACGGAAAAGCGUUUAACGCCCUCGGAGGCCCUGAAACAUCCAUGGCUUCGUCGUCGAUUGCCGAGACCGCCAAGCAGUACAAGUGGUGGUGGAAGUGGAGGCGGUGGCGGUGGUGGUGGGUCUAGCAGUAUUGGUGGUGGCAGCAUCAGUGGCGAUCAAUCUCCAGUCACAGGUAUUAAUACAAAUGGUGUCAAUGAGAUCGCAACAACAUCGACAGGAUCCGAGAGAGAGAGAGAGAACAGCAAUUGCAGUGGACGCGUUAACCAUGUGGGAAUGGGAAUUGGAAUUGGAAUAAGCGGUGGCUCAAUGACUCAAUCACCAACUAGCCAACUAACUAACGUCUCUGUUGAUCUGUUAGCCAAUAUCAUAGGCAAGACAUCUGUAAAUUGUAGCACAACUCAGAGAGAGACCUCUGUUCCUGCUCUGCCAUUAAAUUCAUUAGAGAGCAGUACCGCCUAUGUAAUGCAGUCACGUAAUGGGAUCAAUAGUGUUACCACAAACACCACCACCAACACUUCGACUUCAAGGUAUCCAUCGUCAUUGUCAUAUAUGCCAUACACGGCUGCUAACGGAUGUGAUCGCUUAUCCAAUAUUUCCACAAUCAACUCGUUGAAGGCAGGUGUCACAAAAUCUUUGACUCACUUACCGGCGGAAUCAAUUACUACCCCAAAUUCAUUUUCUUUAUACGCCGCUUCGACCACGCCUAUUUUAAAGGCUGCUGCUGCUGCUGAUUCGGGACUUGCUGCUAUGAGUCUGGUUGAUAUGGAUAUGGACAGCUAUAAAGCGUAUAGUGCUUCUGAUCAACCGCUACCGAUACCGAUGAGCAACCCUCACACUCACACACACACUCAAACACACGCACAACAAACUUUUCUUAAAGCACCAUCGAAGAAUAUUUAGCAAAAUUUGCGCAAGUUUAUUGAAAUGCAUCUUAAAGUUUGAGGAGCGGCGGUAAUGUUGUUGUUAUUGUUUAAUUGCUGUUAGCCAAUUUCAAUUAACAACAACACAACACACUGCCAUACAAGUGAUAAACUUUAACUUAUUAACUUGGUUAUAUACAUACUAUAUAUGUAUGUAAGCUCGAUCGCAGGUCUAACACCAUUUGCAGGUUUUAUGAUAUAUAAAUCAUAUAUAUGUAUAUGGGCAGCACUUUAAUGCAAAGAUCUCAAGCUGGCUAAAUUACACAAGCAAAAUAAUACAACAAAUAAAAUAAAACACACACACAUACAGACCAAUUCAAUGGCAUCCAUAAA